ACGUACGGUACCUGAAGUUUGAGGCACCAACUUGAUGAGACGUAAAAUUCCACUGUCCAAGAUCCGACACCUUCAGCCUCAAUUUACAUCUCCCCUAAACAGUGGCCAGUCAUUCCGCUAAGCAUAAAAAUCGAAUCGGAUCAAUAGAGAAUUCCAUUCUACUCCGUACUAAAGUGUCAUCGCCCGCAAAGCUUUCAGGUGUCCCGCCGGACCUCUCUUCGCACCAGUCAUCGUGCGACCUCAGCCCUUCAAUCACCUAUAACGAAGCUUCAGGAGUCUAUCAAUUCAGAUGGGUAAAGGCCGGGAUAAUCGCAGGCGCGAAGCCGCAGGCGGUGGGCCGCCGAGUCGUGAGAUGAUGGUCUCGAAGAAACUCAGCUGGCUGUUACGGCACGGGGCAGAAAAGGAGGGAUUGAAGUUGGGCGUGGGCGGAUACGUGAACGCUGCUGAUGCGCUCAACACCCGCUGCCUUAAAUCCCUCAAAGUCACCUUCGACGAACUCCAAACUGCCGUCGCCACCUCCGACAAGCAGCGCUUCUCCCUCAUUCCCCAAGCCCCCGCGCCCCCCGCGCCCCACGACGACCCCUCCCCCCCCCCCUCUCCCGCCGCCGCGACCCCCGCGCUCGCACCCACCGACCCGCGGAACUACCUCCUCCGCGCGAACCAAGGUCACAGCCUGCAAGUGAACAGCGAGCAUCUACUACGGCCGGUAGAGUUGAGUGCGACGGGGGGCCCGCGAGACGACUGGCCGCCGAUGGUGGUGCACGGGACGUCGCAGGCGGCGUGGGAGCUGAUCCUGGCGAGCGGGGGUCUGAAGCGGAUGGGGCGGGUGCACGUGCAUUUCGCGACGGGGGUGACGGGGGACUUGGCACAUUUGCUGGAAAAGGGAGAGACGGGUGGGGUAGGGGGGAAGGAGGGAGAUGUGGAUUUGCCGCAGGUGAUUUCGGGGAUGCGGCGGUCGGUGGCGGUGUUGAUCUUUGUGGAUUUGGAGAAGGCGUUGAAGGCGGGGUUGAAGUUUUGGAGGAGCGAGAACGAUGUCAUCUUGAGUGAGGGGGAUGAGGACGGGGUGGUAAAGAGCGAGUUCUUCCACCGGGUGGUGGAUAGAAGCGGUCGAAUUCUUAUGGUUAAUGGCGAGGUGAUCGAGGAGUAG